GCAAGUCGAUAUCUGUUCCUUGGUCGUGAGUUAGCAAAAACAAAAUGCGAAAAGCGUGGGAAAGUUUAACAUAUAUACCGCAACUAAUGAGCUGCAUUUGAUCGAGCCGUUUUAGUCGUUCCUGGUCGUUCCCAAAGAGUGCCAAGUGAUCAUUUCGAAGUCCACGAUCAAAUUUGAUUCCCCUUUAUAUUAUGUUUGUUCGCCAGUGUGUUCAUUACGUCAGCGUUCACCAUUUAUCAGCUACUGUGAAAGGAAAUCCGAGAAUCAUGCCUUGUCCGUUCUUAACUCGCUUGACUGCCAACUAUCUCCACAAUUAUGGUUCUUCGGUACUGACCAACUAUCGUCAGCUUUGUCCGUUUAUGUCUCAGUUCAUUAGAACUCGAGCAGAGUGCGUAGAGACGCAGCAGAAAACUGUGAAAACCCAAUGUCCGUUUCUGGCCCAAGAGCAUGAUAUUGUGAAGACUGUCAACCCUGUGGUCGAGGAGGACAUUAGAAACAAAGUUUCUAACGAAUCGAAAGAAGAAUCAAACUUUGCUUAUGAGAAAUUUUUUCAUGAACAGAUCAUGAAGAAAAAGAAAGAUCAUUCUUAUAGAGUUUUUAAGAAAGUGAACAGACUAGCACAGAACUUCCCGAGUGCUAUGGAAUAUUCCAAGGAGCCAAAGCCCAUCACUGUUUGGUGUUCUAAUGAUUAUUUGGGGAUGUCAAGACAUCCGGUGGUGACAAGUUCUGUUCGGGAAGCUCUGGAUAAGUUUGGAGCAGGUGCCGGCGGAACAAGAAACAUAUCCGGCAACUCUAUGGGUCAUGAAAUGUUAGAAAAAAGACUUGCAGCCUUGCAUCAGAAAGAUGCUGGUUUAUUAUUCACUUCUUGUUUCGUUGCUAAUGAUUCUACUUUGUAUACUUUAGCAAAACUUCUACCUGGUUGCCAUAUCUUUUCUGAUGCUGCCAAUCAUGCUUCCAUGAUUCAGGGAAUAAGGAACAGCGGAAUACCAAAGCAUAUUUUCAGGCACAAUGAUGUACAACAUUUAGAAGAACUGUUAUCCAAAAUGGAUAAGAGUGUGCCAAAAAUUGUAGCAUUCGAAACGGUACAUUCUAUGACCGGUGAUAUAUGUCCUUUGGAAGAACUGUGUGACGUCGCUCACAAAUACGGUGCCCUAACGUUUAUUGACGAAGUACACGCGGUUGGCCUGUAUGGAUAUUCAGGUGCUGGAAUUGGCGAAAGGGACUGGGUACUUCAUAAAAUGGAUAUAAUUUCCGGCACAUUAGGCAAAGCAUUUGGAAACGUUGGUGGAUACAUUGUUGGUUCGGAGAAACUAAUUGAUAUGAUACGAAGUUACGCCGCGGGCUUUAUCUUCACGACAUCCUUACCACCAACAACAUUAUACGGCGCUCUGGCCUCUAUCGAAAUUUUAGCAUCAGACGAAGGGAGAGCACUGAGGGCUGCUCAUCAAGAAAACGUAGCUUAUAUGAAAUUGAGUUUAACCGUGGCUGGUCUUCCAGUAAUACCAUCGCCUUCGCAUAUUAUUCCAAUAAAUAUUGGAGACCCGUUAUUGUGCAGUAAAUUGGCUGAUCUUUUAAUACAGGAGAAAGGUCACUAUGUACAAGCAAUAAAUUAUCCUACAGUACCGAAAGGGCAGGAAAGAUUAAGGCUGGCUCCUACUCCAGAACACACUCGGACAAUGAUAGAUCAGUUUGUGAAAGAUUUAUUAGAUGUGUUUGAUCAUCUAAAUAUAUUGUAGAGAGAUUUUACUAGACGAUACGAUUAAUGUGAUACAAUAUUGGAGAUACAUUUACAUAUGUUUAUUACAAUGGCUGAUAAUGCACAGUAUUCUCAAUCAUGUUACUUACACAUUCCAACAGUUCGAUUAAAAAACUGAGCGAACUUAAUGAUGUGUACGCUUACCAAUAACCAUUGAACAUUUUCAAUAUCGUCGAUCUAAUGUUAUUAGUAAUGACUAUCAAGAAGAUUACUACCAAAAAUAUAAAAUAUCUCGGGAGCACCGCCGAAACAAUAGGAUUGUCAGCUCCGCGAUCGUCAGAUAUUUUUGUCAUUUAUGAAACAAACAUACUAACACUAAUAUAUUGGCUUGGCGUCAGGUCAUUCGGUGUAAGAACUAAGUAAAGAAAACGGUAUAAGGAAA